AUGAGUCGCGACGAUCGAUUGGUAAUCCCACCGCCACUACAGAAGACGGUACUGGAAGAAUUGCGUAAAGGACAUGUGGGAGUGGAGAAGAUGGAAUCAUUGGCUCCGCAGAUGUGUUGGUGGCCGGAGUUGGACGCAGACUUUUACGUAACAGCCAAGAACUCGACAGAGAAUCUAGUCAAAACUGUCAAGAGUGCAAUUGCGUCUGCCAAUCCUAAAAGGCUACAUGAGUUGGAAACGUUGUUGGAUAACUUCCUACUCCAAUACCGAAACGCAACACAUUCAAUCACCAAGGAGAGCCCGGCAAUGCUUUUUAAAUCCAGACGCUUGCGAUCCUCCCUACAGCGCGUCGACUCCAGUGACGUCGUAUACUUCCGUGGUAAUGAUUUACGACCCGCCAUCUGUAUAGUCACACGACAACUGGAUCAAGCCAUGGUGGAAAUUACCGGCUUGAAUGAUGCUACUGUGCACAAGCGACACGUGGACCAAAUCCACUUCAAACCAUCCACGGACUAG